GUGCUCAGGUGACAUGUGUGUGGCUCCUGGCUGCUGGGUCACACAGCGUGGGGCUAGGGGAUGGGCAGGAGGAGAAUCAACCCCAAUUCACAGAUGCUGAAACUGAGCGCACAAAGGGGGAAGCCACUUGCUGAAUGAGUCACAGCUGGCAAGCGACAGCAGCUCCGUUUUUAGCCACCACGCUGCACAGCUGCCGCUGCAUCAAAGGCUCUGCACAGGCCUGUGAGUCCCGGGGGACAGGCUGGGAAAUACAGAGGGGAGGCAAAAGGAGAAACGCAGAGAGAAAUAAGGACAAGGGCGGACAGAGGCGGAGCAACUUACAGUGAAGGACAGAGGAGGGUCGGCCGGGGGAAGGGUGCAGCAGAGGGAAGGGUGGCGGUGCCCCAAGACCCUGCACCUUGAAGGGCCUGGCCCUGGAGGCCGCUGUCCCCUCCUCUCCCGGCCAUGCACUUUAUUAUUUUGCUCUGAGGAAAAUUACAGCAACUGCCUCUGCCCCCCAAGCCUGAGCAGUUCCAGUCUCUGUCCCCCAAUGAAACACGCCAGCCCUGAGUCAUGGGUGGUCACCGCUGCUGGGAGCAACGCUCCUGCCUGGAAGACAGCACAGACUGCGAGGCCACUGCUGGCAUCUGCAGUGGACACUCAGCCGCUGGCCCUUCCCACCAGGGCAACGCGUGGAACAGAGCUGGCCAUCCUCAGGGGAGAGCAAGGGAAAGCUCAUCACCAGGAGCCCAAUGCUGCCGGGUACAGGCACGAGGGCUUUGCUUUAGGGAACCUCGUUCUGUGCCUGGCUCCCAGGGUCUCUGGCGUGAGCCAUGAAAGACAGCUGCUCUGUGCGGCUGCAAGUGGCCGUCGAGCUCCCCAGCUUCCCACCCCACGACCUUCACCCUCCUCUGCACAGGAGCAUGGCUGCCGCCCUGAAAGAGCCUCUGUCUCCACAUCCACUUCAGUCUCCUGCCUCUGCUGCCUGCAGGCUGAUCUCAACAUUUUCAUGUUUCCACCAAGUGGAACCAUGCUAUUGAAUGCUGUUAUUGUCGCCAUCCCCGUUAUCCUGGCAACAUUUCCUAAGACUGGGACCCGGGACCACCGGGUCAUGCGAUGCACAGGCAGAUGCAUCUUAUACGGCCCCACAAGCCCACCUCCCUCCCUGCAGAAAGCCCAAGUCCAGGGGCUGGGGUUCCAUCCUGUCCCCUCCACUCCCCUCCCUUCUGGGGAACUUGGUGAGCAAGUCCUGAAUCCAUAUAAGCAAUUGGCAUUGGUAUCUGUGGUCGUCUCAGUCGAUCACGAGGGCUCUGGUAGAGGAUGGUGCCCAUGUGCAUCCGUCUUUCCCAGCCCUGGACUCUCCCUGUUCUCCUGGCAGGUGCAGAGGCCAACGCACCUGACUUACAUCUGUUACCCUGACGCGGGAGGAAAGAGGAACGCAGAGGAGAGCUGCUGCUGCAAGGAGGGGGCAGGGGAUCUGCACGCCCAGACACUCAAGGGAUUCUAGAAGCUUUUACCCACUCCCCUUCCCAGCCAGGGCCUCAAGGGUGGGUCAGGCAGCCACCCCUGGAUUAGCUGCCACCGCGUCCCUCCCCCAGCUCUGCUCACAUCUGCUUCAUUACCCACACGCCUCCCUCAGGAAGAAGGAGGCACGGAAAUGACAGUGUUUGUGGGCCCCAUCCGUACCCCCCUCCAAUGGCCUCUCGACAGCCCAGGAAGCAUGAGAGCUGGUGUUCCCAGGCUGCUGCCUGGGCUGGGAACGCUGGCAUCUGCCUCCUGCUUCCAGCCAGAGUCAUCGACAAUAUGAAGGCAAUAAACAGAGGCUAUUCAGGCCAAGCGACCAGGGACAGAUGCAGUCAUGGAUGGGAAGCCAGUGAUCCACAAAGCAGCACAUUCUCUGUGACCUGAGGGGCCCCAAGAAGGGCAGCGGGGGCACGUGGGGCUCGCCCACAACCAAGACGCUCAGGACUCAGAAUCCAAAGGCCCCACCCACAUCUGCCUCCACCUCUGCGGCUUUGGCAGGAAUAAACCCAGAGGUCUCAGAACUGGGCAAGCGGCACCUCACAGAUGCCCACAACCCAACCGGACCCUGGCUUCUUUCACCGACAUCAGUGAACUCCCUGCACCAGGCCAGGAUCAGGAACGACCCUGUGGCUGCUGACAUGAAAUAAGGAUACUCUCCCUUCAAGGACCUCAUAGUUGGGACCAGGGGCCAAUUACUUCACGCCACCGUGUGUUUAAAAAUGGGGAUAUUUCUUUUGUUGUUGUUUUGUUGGUUUUUGUUUUUUUGAGACAGAGUCUUACUGUGUCACCCAGGCUGGAGUGCAGUGGUGCCAUCUCGACUCACUGCAACCUCCACCUCCCAGGAGAAUCACUUGAACCCAGGAGGCAGAAGUUGCAGUGAGCCAAUAUUGCGCCAUUGCCCUCCAGCCUGGGUGACAGAGCAAGACUCUGCCUC